CACUGCGCUACAGCCGGUCAGAGUGAAACCUGAAUGGGAGGACAGUGCGCACACUGAGUCGGUUCGGUCCGGGACUCGAGACACCUCUAUCUCUGGUCAACUGGGACUCUGCAGUUAAUGUCACAACAACAAGGCUUAUUUUUUCUAAGACAGCACGCUAACUAAACGAGACACUCAACCGGUCUACUUUUGUGAGGACACUGAGAAGAAAGGGAGGAGUGAUGGAGUCUGACGUAAGCAAUGCUAGAGGAGCAAGGCUAUUGGUUCCAGUGUAACUUUGGCUCUCGUCCAGGUAAAUCCACUUUGCCCCCAACUGCCACAACCCCCAGUGAAGAUGGGGUGAUGCUCUGUAAUUCCUCUCACCACCAUCUCUCCUGAUGUCAGAAGACUCGAACUCAAAACCCUAUUGCUUCCCUGUGCUGGAGGGGCAGGAUGGACCUCCAUCGUGUAGCUCCAUGGGGCAGCUGCACAGGAUGGGUGGCUUCAGCCAGGGGGGACCCAACCUAGGCCUCCCUUCAGAGGGCAGUGACAGCAGUGGCCUGGACAACUCCACCUCACCACAGAACCAUCGCAAGAAUGCCCGCUCCCGCUCCCUGCCUGAGGAGGACAUAGAGAUGAAGAGCAGCGGGUCCAGCGGCAGUGGCACAGAGUCACACGGCAACGAGAGCCACGGCAACGAGAGUCACAGCAAUGACAGCAACGGCCACGAGUCCAUGGGCAGUUCCAACGGCAACAGCAAGGACUCGGUCCUGCUGGAGUCUUCAGGGAGUAACAAAAGCUCAAACUCUCACAGCCCAUCUCCACCCAGCAGCUCCAAUGCCUUCAGCUUACUCAGUUCAGAGCAAGACAACCCAUCCACCAGUGGCUGCAGUAGUCAGGAGUCCGCCAAAGCCAAGACACAGAAGGAGGUGAUAAAAACUUUGAAAGAACUAAAGCUUCACCUGCCCACCGAGAAGAGGCACAACAACAAGUCCACAACCCUGAACACCCUCAAGUAUGCCCUGCGCUGUGUCAAACAGGUGGAAGCCAAUGAAGAAUACUACCAGCUGCUGAUGACCAAUGACAGUCAGCCUUCAGGCCUUGAUGUGUCCUCUUAUACAAUAGAGGAGAUAGACAGCAUUACUUCUGAAUACACUCUUAAAAACAACGACAUUUUUGCAGUGGCUGUCUCCCUCAUCACAGGAAGAAUAGUCUACAUAUCCGACCAGGCUGCCACUAUUCUCAACUGUAAAAGAGACAUCUUCAAGGACACCAAGUUUGUGGAGUUUCUGACACCGCAGGAUGUCAGCGUUUUUUACAGCUUCACCACACCGUACCGCCUGCCGUCCUGGAGCAUGUGUACGGGAGCAGAGUCCUCUCCUUCUGACUGUAUGCAGGAGAAGUCCUUCUUUUGUCGUAUCAGUGGUGGGAAGGAGUGUGAAGGUGAUCUGCAGUACUAUCCGUUUCGAAUGACGCCAUAUCUGAUGAAGGUCCAGGACACUGUACAUGCUGAAGACCAGUUCUGCUGCCUCCUACUGGCUGAAAGAGUUCAUUCAGGCUAUGAUGCACCCAGGAUUCCAACAGACAAGCGCAUUUUUACUACCACACACUCACCCAGUUGUGUUUUUCAAGAUGUGGAUGAGAGAGCUGUCCCACUUCUUGGAUACCUUCCCCAAGACUUGAUUGGCACCCCAGUUCUCCUGCAUCUUCAUCCCAAUGAUCGUCCAAUUAUGCUGGCCAUCCAUAGAAAAAUUCUUCAGUAUGCUGGACAACCAUUUGACCACUCAUCUAUACGAUUCUGUGCACGAAAUGGUGAAUACAUUAUCCUUGACACUAGCUGGUCAAGUUUUGUCAACCCUUGGAGCCGUAAAGUGUCCUUUGUCAUUGGAAGGCACAAAGUUCGCAUGGGCCCUGUGAAUGAAGAUGUGUUUGUGGCACCUGUCUCCGCCACUAGGGAGAUAAAAACAAUGGAUCCAGACAUACAAGAUAUAACCGAGCAGAUACAUCGCCUUCUUUUACAGCCGGUUCACAGCUGUGGAUCUAGUGGAUAUGGUAGCAUGAACAGCAAUGACCACCUUCUGAGCAUGACCUCUUCAACUGACAGCUUUAACAAUGGCAGCAACUCAAAGAUGCACCUGGAAGAAGAGGAAGAGAGCUCCAAAGCAAGACCUCGCACCUUUCAGGAAAUAUGCAAGGGCAUACACCUCCAAAAAAGUCAGGAGCAACAGACUGUCAAAAUAGACAAGAAAUCCUCUGUAGACUCUGUACAAAAGAGUCAGGUAGUGGUUAGACCCAAAGACACAGCGACCACUGCCCAGUGGAAGGACUCUGGAGCAGAGGAGGCCAAGUCUACCUUUCAGGAGGAACUGACUUUUAAUGAUCAAACUGUCUACUCCUACCAGCAGAUAAGCUGUCUAGACAGUGUAAUCAGGUACCUGGAGAGCUGUAAUGUUCCUCUCACCAUGAAGAGAAAGUGCCAGUCCUUCUCUAACACCACUUCCUCAAACUCUGAUGAGGACAAGCAGAAGGCUUGCACAAACAUGCAGGUGGCUGAAGAACCAGCAUUGUUGAAGGUUCAAUCUGGUCUCUCCACUUUACAUGACCGGGACAAAAAGUCCAGUGAUGCAGCCACAGCAGUAGUGGGCACUUCACUGCCUCUACCUGUACCAAACAAACCAGAAAGUGUUGUGUCCAUUACCAGCCAGUGUAGCUAUAGUAGCACUAUUGUGCAUGUUGGAGACAAGAAACCUCACCCUGAGUCAGAACUAAUAGAGGACAUCCCAGGGACAGGAGAACCUCCUGAAAGCAACCAAAACCCUUCUGCGUCCCCAUGUGGUGUAUCCACUCCCUGUCAGGAGAGGGAGUCCUACAAGAAACUGGGCCUAACCAAGCAGGUCCUGGCAGCUCACACAAAAGAGGAACAGGUCUUUCUUAAUCGCUUCAAAGAGCUCCGGACACUCACAGCUCUCAAAGCAAACUGCUCUCAAUAUCUGGAACGUCAGAGGGAACAGACUUCAAAUGAUGUUGUACAAACCACCCGAUCAUCCAAACAGUGUGGUCCUGGUGGGGAACCCAGCACUCGACGAGGAGUGCGAAAUAAAAAGACCAAAUCGAAGAGAGCCAAGAAGGUGGAGUCAUCUGACAGCACAGCAUCCCACCCCAAGCAACAGCUGCGGCCCCCUCUUCUCAACCACGGCCUUAACCCCACGUCCUGGUCUCCCUCAGAAGCAUCACAGUCCUGUUUGCCUCUGGCCUACCCUGCAGUGAUGCCCGGGUACCCCCUGCAGGUGUAUGCUAGGCCCAACUCUGCCCCCCACACUGAUGCUGGUUCCUCAGGCGGGGCAGUAAACCAGGGCAGCCCUGUCCCAUGUCCCCCAAACCUCCAACAUCCUCCAUACCCCACCUCAAUGGUCACCCCAUUUGUGGCAUUGGUACUACCCAACUACAUGUACCCACCAGUCCCAGGACCUCAGGCUGUGUACCCCACUGAACCUGGUGGUUAUCCCACUCCAAUACCCUUAGCCCCAGCUAUAUUUUCUGCACAGGGUGCCUUUACUGUCCCAACCCCCUUCAAUAUUCAAAGCCAAGCAAACUUACAAAACACAAACACCACCCAAACAGGAUCCCUGUCGAUGUCAUUCCACUUCUCUCCAUCCUCUGAAAUGCCAAAGGGGGCUCCUGAGAGUCAGUCUCGCCCCUCCACACCUCAUUCUGGAGGUGGUGAAGGUACCUCCUCUCCACCACUGUUCCAGUCGCCCUGUAGCUCCCCCCUCAACCUGCUGGAACUGGAGCUAUCUGUGCAGGACAGCACUGGGUUCUCUGCAGUGGGACAAGGCAAUAAUAACACAACAGAAAGGGAGAAAGGAACAGGUGGGAACCAGACCAAGGACAGGGAACUAAAGCAGCCAUCUCUCAGUCUCCUUGGUCCACCAGGACCCUUGUUUUACGUGGACACGUCCUGUGUCUGUGAGCGUUUGUCAUGGGAUAAACUGUGCUCUAGGCUGGGGGCUUUCAGCUAUGAGAUCAGCUCCCGUGGAGAUGGCAACAACAGUGACGCAAAUUCUUCCUCCAGCGACAUGUUUGAUGUGAUUUUACAUGAAGACUCCUGCUCAGGCACAGGUUCUGCCACGUCAGGCUCCAUGGGCUCAGCAUCCAAUGGUUGUGGGACGUCCAACAGCAGGACGUCUGCCAGUGGAGGCUCUGCCAGCGGCAUCUCAGGAAGCAACAGUAGUAAGUACUUUGGCAGCGUGGACUCAUCUCAGAACAGCCAGAACGUAAAAGUUCACGUGAGCAGCUCCGAAGGAAGGCCUCUGAAGACGGAUCAGACCAAUCACGUCAUCAAGUAUGUACUACAGGACCCGAUGUGGCUGCUCAUGGCCAACACAGAUGACAAGGUCAUGAUGACCUAUCAGCUGCCCUCGCGUGACAUGCAGCAAGUGCUGAAAGAAGACAGAGACAAGCUGAAGGUGCUGCAGAAAACCCAGCCACGUUUCUCUGAGGAGCAGAAGAAGGAGCUGGUAGAGGUUCACCCAUGGAUACAGAAGGGAAGUCUGCCCAGGGUCAUAGACAUCAAGGUGUGCUCUUGCUGUGACGAUGUAUCAGAGGUUUCCGCCAUAGUAGAUGCAGAAGAUCAGCCUGACAUGGAGAUGGGAGAUUCAGAGACGGUGGAACUGUGCUGCCAAAGGACUGACGAGUCCACAGACACUUUUGCCUCUAGCUCACAGACCCCAAGACAAUGAAAUUCUGCCAUUGACUUUUACUUCCUAUCCUACUUUGCAGUGCUUGAAGAGAGAGCUAUAUUUUGAGAUAUCACACAACACAAAACUUUAACAUUUAUUCUUGUUCUUGACCUGCUACAAUAAUAUUUUAAUAACACUCAAAAACUACAAAUAGAAAAUAUGCUGAAGUGUGGCUGUAAAUGUGUGUUAUUUGAGAUGGACUUGCAAACUAUUGCUGUUAGAAUAAAUAAUGAAUGUUGCUGUGUUUUGCACAUUUGGGAAUGUCCAGAAUUAGCUGGAAAAGUGCAUAGUACUGAAGGGAAAAUUUGUUAUUUUUAAUAAUUUGUUAUUUACUUUAAUUUCCUAAAACCAUCACAAUUUUGACAUUACAAUAUUAUAACAUAUUGUACAAUGGACACAAUUUUAAUGAAAUAUGACUAUUAAAGAACAUUCCAAUGUCAUCAUUACCAUUAUUAGUCUUAUAGUUGCCAACUAAACCAUACAAUAAAAUCAGUUUUACUAAACUCAGCUGCCUAAAGCAUUAACCUAACUGUCCGUCUUACCUUUCUUUCUCAAUCACUUUCACACUACUGUUUACAUUUCGGCACAAAUUCCCAAACCUGCCACUCAGGCAGGGGGAGACUCAUAUUAUAACAAUAACUUAAUAUAAUAUUAGAGGUCUUACUGUAUUCAUUAUAGAGCUCUGAAUGUAUCUGACUAUAAGAAUCGCAAAGUUAUUAAACAUGAAGUCUUCAUCUUGGCACAACCUUACAUUUUUCAGUUUCAAUUUCAAGCCUCAAAGUCUCAAAUUCAAACUUCAAAGUCAAAAUACUUUGCAGAAACAAUGAUCAACAAUUUAAACACAGAUUGCCAUUGUAAUACUGUUCAGACUUAAUACUGUCCACUAAAGAUACACAGGGGACACAACAUAACACACACGAAUCACAAUAUGAAGAUAUUUUAUUGUCAGAUUAUAGAAAUACUGUAAAACUCUAUAAAGUGUCAAAGCGAUUGAAAAAACAAAGUGGACGACCUAUUAAAGUGUUAAUAUUGAUGGUCUAGAUGUCAGUUUUAAGUGGAAUAUCAUCCUUGACAGCUUUGCAGUUCCUGUCAUUUCAGAUGUAUGCCACUUUCCUAGACAUGACUAUGUAAAAAAACAGAUUAGACAGAAUGUUUGUCUAGAUUACGGUGAGAUUAGGAAUAGCCCUUUGACAUUCAUGCGAAAAAAUUGUACAAAUCAAAUUUGUGUUUAAAAAGUGAAAAGCUAUGCCUAUUAAAUAGGGUGCAGUGGACUAAUAUGUUGAUUAUUCAUGGUUAAACAGAUUUUCUACGACCUGUGGUUUCAAUUUCGUAGCCUUUGUAAUUUCAAAAUAUUGAUGUAAAAUGAUAUGGUGUUGCUUGUGGCUGACUUGUGAAUCCUUUUGUUUUCAGCUGUGACCUUUUUGCUGACAUUUUGUCAAAGCCUACAUUGUCUUUGUACUUUUACAUGAAAUGUUUGACUCUUAGGGGGAAAAAAAACAAAAAACUUCAUUACAUCUAAAAGACUGGACCAAUUAAGUUGCAUGAUUAGGUCUACAUUUUUAUUUUGAAUUUUACUUUUUAUUUGCACUGCCUAUGAGAACAUCUUGCCUAAAUAUUUAUUUAUUUGGAGAUUUUUUUUUAAGCCCUUAGUGUGCUAUAUUGCAGCUGAGCCUUAAAGUCGUGGUUAGAAAGUGAUUAAAAACAUAAUGUGUUGGAAGCUGAAGCCCCAUGGCUUCAGAGGUGAAUUUUAGGGUUAUUGCACGGGCAUAAAGCCGCUGUCCUGUAUCUUUAAAGUAUCGGUUGAGCUUCACUGAGCAUUUUUUGUGUUUUAUUAGUUUAAAAGCCUAGCACCUGUUUAUUUAUUUUUAAAUGCUCUUUUAUUUCUAGUUGCCUGGACUUUUUCGAUUAAUAAAAUGUUAAUAUAUAGCCUCCCCCA